AUGUCCGGUUUCGAAAUGUCCCGGAGCCUUGGAUUGGUAGUCUCAAUCCCGUUUGGCUGUCUGGCUGUGUUCGCACUUUCGAUUUUCCUGGGCAAAUGUCUGUAAGUUUUUUUCAGGGCUGGGAAAAAAAGCCGGGCGAUGCCGGGCUGAAAAGCGAGCCUCUCGAAAAAUCAUCGUCCAGAUCAUUUCCGUGGUCAGAGGCAUCUACUUCAUCUUUUACUUGUUAGGCUCAUAAAAACAGCAAAUAGUGUUGGCGCAAACUUCCCGAGUAAAAUACAGUUUGAACCGGAUACAAUUGUUUACAGGUACCAGUUUCUCUACAAACUGAACUCCCAAGCGAAUGAACCCGUGCACGUGUUGACCAACAACACAGGUAAGCGACACGUCAACCCGCGCCCUUCCGGUCCUGGCCUAUCCACCGUUGUACUUUACGAGUCAAAAAGCAAAAGGCGCACGAGUUUCUGAAAAUGUACAAAACAGUUGAUUCAAACUUUGGCUUCGCGAGCCCGCGCGGAGCCAUAGGUGCGGGGAGUUUGAAAAACUAAAAAAAAAUUUUCCGACCUGGCGGCAACCAUAAGACCCCCCCCCCCCCUUAUGACAAAAAUUUUGAAUAGAAUUUUUCCGAACCAGCGGAAAUCAUAAGACUCCCCCCUUAUGAGAUUAGAGAGAAAAAAUUCUGUGCAAAGAAACAUUUAGUAAUUGAAGGGACUACUGUAGGAAACUAAAGGCGCAUGCCGCUUCAGGACCGGGUCUCGACACGAAAAUAAACAGUAAGCAACUGCACAAGCAAAUUUUUAGGUGACUCGAAUUUUAGGCUUUUUUUUAAUUGAAAAUCUUCGUUCUAAUUAUAAAAUUGAAAUUUCCUACCGUUUUCCAACUGAUUAUUUAGGUUUUUUCUCGAAUUUUAGGCCUUUUUUAUAGAAAAUCUUCGUUCUAAUUAUAAAAUUGAAAUUUCCUACCGUUUUCCGACUGAUUAUUUACUUGUUUCAGGACAAAAUGGUGAUGAGUGGCUGCAACAAGGAUGCCGAUGAGCAAGACGGCAGCAACGCAAACAUGCCAGGAUUCGUUCGUAAGUGAACAUUAAUUCAAAAAAGGGAAUAAUGUACACAAAACGGCGGUCUUGCAGGAAUUAUGGAAGGAAUCGCUGACGGUGUGACACGCGACGACAUCGUGCUGUUUUACGACCUCGUCGUGUACCUACUCGCGAUUGUUGGAGCGGUUGUAUUCUACAACAAGUGAGUGCUCAGAGCUAGGAAUAAUUAAAAACAUCGAUAGUUUUCUUCAGAUGCGGCGAGUGGAUGGGCCGCGGCCGAGGAGUACUCGUGGUGUUCUUCUGGUGGGCCGUCCAGAUCGGAGGCCGCUGGGCCAACGACCUGUGGGAGCAGCUCACUGGUCGAAGACGUCGCGGCGGGGAAGAGGACGAGGUCCACCGCCGCCUCGACCAGCUCAGACGUGAGCUCCUGCACGAAGAGGCGGACGUCUACGCGAUGGGUGUCUAA